GGCGCUGGCAAUAACUGGCUCCGCGUCAUCCCGCGCACCCGCUUCGGGGCCUUUGCGCGGGGGGCCAGGGUGGUGCUGUUCACCCGGCGCAGCGGGGCGCACCUGCGCAUCAUCGACGGCGGCUCGGGCUACCUGUGCGAGAUGGAGCCCGUGGCGCACUUCGGCCUAGGCCGGGACGAAGCCAGCAGCCUGGAGGUGACGUGGCCGGACGGCAGGGUCGUGACCCGGGCUGUGGCCAGCAGCGAGACCAACUCGGUGCUGGAGAUCCCCUACCCCCAGGGUGCUGAGGGGCAGCUCCCACCCACCUCGCUGGAGUGUGGCCAGGGGUUCUCUCAGCACGAGAACGGACGCUGUGUUG